CUCCAGUAGCCCCACGACUGAUUUUUCGGCCUGAUUUCCGAAGACUGUUGUAUUACUUCGUUUUAAAUGAUGCGGGUUCUCAUGCAGACUGGGCGACGACUUCUCUAUAUCCUAUGUUUCAUUGCAGCUUUCAGUUGCACGGUCUCGGCGUUACCAAUUCCAGAAAUGAAGCAAAGCAUACAUUUAGACUUGCAUCUAUUCCGAAAUAGAUCUCAAGUUGACGUCGUAACGGUCUUGAUGCUAUUAGGAGAAGCUACUGUGUGGAAAGCCAUUUGGGGACGCUUUAGGUCUCGCCGCACCCACUGGAAGCAAUGGAUCUUCGCUAUCUCUCCCGGGUGGACUCCUUUAGCUGCUUCUCUGUUUGCUGUAAUGUAUGGAUCAAUAGGACCCGUGAAUCUUGUGUACGACCGUCCUCCUGAAGCCUGUAUUGAUGGUGGUCUUAUCUUAACAAACCUUAAUUCUGGAGCAAGCCACUCUGCGACUAAUACAAUGUUGCAGAAUAUCUGGCAUACAUGGAAUAAGGGUGCAAGAAUCCAGCAAAACCCACGCAAGAAAGAUUAUUUGUUUGAUUUAACGAGGGAGGUUGGACUGGCAGAUAUUAACCUCGACCUUCUAUAUCUCGAGAAUCCUCGGUUCUUCUGGCUCCAGUCUUUGUGUCUCGCAACACAAAUAAUUGGAUCGUUCGCACUAGGAUUCUUUGGACGGUCUUUCGAAACCUUCAUUGUUAUGCUGGCAGCCCUACUAUCGCAGACCUUAUUGGUGCUAGCAAUCAUACCACGAGAGAAAGCUUGGUUCAAGACGACAAGAGGUCACCGGCCUUGCCCAGUUAUGUUUCAUAGAGGGCUAGACAGCACGGCAGUCCUGAUUAUUCGUACUGCCAUCGUUCGAGGAAGAGAAGUAAGCCUCGAAGAGUAUUGUUGGGAUAAUCAAGCCUCGAGGGAUUACAUCGACGAAUUAAAGCCACUCGCCGCCGGAUUUUCUUUUUUAAUCUGGAUUCUUCAUAUUAUCCUUGUAGGAUGGAUGCGUAACGACAGUCGUUACCUCUAUCUUUCGUUCGGUGGACUUGGACUCUGUACGACCGCUAUUGAGGCCACUACAGAACCGAGGUGGUCUCGAGCUUUUCAAUCGGCAUUCACCCGACACACUCUCUGCGCACCUCUCCGCAGCUCUCUCAUGUCCUCUGUGGCUAUAUUAAUAGCGGGGCGGUUCCCUAGUGCACGGGAUGCUGCCAAGUUACUUUACCCUGAUAAUUCUCGAUUCCAACAAAGCCUACAGGAAUUUGAUAGCCAUUUCGACCAAGUUCUUUGUACCAACUGCCGAGACACCAUCAAAUGCUCAAAAACAAUCCAAGUCCAGCGUUGCCUUCGGAUAGAAGAUACAAAUGAAAGAGACCAAUGCCAAGCUCUACUGGCUUCUCGAAUUCAAACAGUUCACUCCAAACAGAUUGCAGAUGGUCUAGCGGCGGUACACAAUUAUUUGCGAACCCCGGGUUCUGAACAAACGGAAACACCUGCCAUUGAGACACAUGAAACAUUUCAGGACGGACCCAGACACUCUUGGGAUCCACGUGUUUAAGCGAUAUUAAGCUAUACUAUAUAGGAGAGGCCCCUUAGGAUAAAUAGUUGCAAGGGAAUUUGGCGUGAUUUGAGAUUAUAUAUAAUAUAUUAGCUAGAUGAUUAGGUGAGCUUUAAUAGUCUUUAUAGAUUAUUUUUAAU